CAACUCUACCCCACCCGCAAGAAAAGGACAAGUUUCCCCUUAAAAGUUCCCCUUCCGUUCGGCCAUUCCCAUCGGGAGAGAGGAGAUGGGGAAUGAUCUGACGGAGGAGCAGGUGGCGUCGAUGCGGGAGGCGUUCGCUCUGUUUGACACGGACGGCGACGGGCGGAUCGCGGCGUCGGAACUGGGGAUCCUGAUGCGAUCGCUGGGUGGUAAUCCGACCCAGGCACAGCUGAAGGAAAUCGCGGCGUCGGAGGGCCUGACCGCCCCCUUCGACUUCUCCCGUUUCCUUGAGCUCAUGCGGAAGCACCUCCGCCCCGAGCCUUUCGACCGCCAGCUCCGCGACGCCUUCCGCGUCCUCGACAAGGACUCCACCGGCGUCGUCGCCGUCUCCGACCUCCGCCACGUCCUCACCAGCAUUGGCGAGAAGCUCGAUCCCGCCGAGUUCGACGAGUGGAUCCGCGAGGUCGACGUCGGCCCUGAUGGCACCAUCCACUACGAGGACUUCAUCCUCCGCAUGGUUGCCAAGUGAAAUGAGAUAAUCCACCACCCGAAUCUUGAUCUUCCGUGUGUAUCUCUCUCCCUUGAUCAUUGCGUUUUUCUUUUAUGUGCUUCUUUUUUUUUUUUCUUUUUAAAGAUGUGAUGUUAUGUGAUAGUGCAUCAGGGAUCUAUCUGGGCCUGAUCUUUCGAUUGCUUGUUUUUGGGUUGAUUGCUGUAUUGUAACGUCUGAGAUUGGUAUUCGAAGCGAGUGGAUGGAGAAAUGCAUGUAGCCAUGUUUCAUAAAAUGACAAAUUUAUGAAUUUGGAACCGUGGGAUUGGCUUAUUGGAUAGUUUCUGAUGAGUUUUGCCUCAUCUGAUGUCAUGUUUAUUUUAUCA